AAGCUGAGUCAGAGAGAGGUUUGAGGAGUGACAGAAUAACUACACCAGACUGCGCUUCUGGAUUCAUCACAAGACUCCAGGCACAUAACCUUUCCUCGCUCCCCCUCCUCCACCCCACACGUCCGUUCUGUGUGGUCAUGACGCAGAGCCAAUUCGCCACAAGUGCCCUUAUCCUACUGGUCAUCCUGCUGGGACUCACCCUAACCCUUCCGUCUGCCACCUCCGUCCCUGUGCCGACUGAGACACACAGCCCCAGCGACAGCCAUGCUCCUCCACCUCCUGGGCUUAGGCUACCAGAGGGAGAAAGGGAUGUGCAGGAAGGGAAGAAGGGCGGACUUCCACGGAGAGAGAGAGCAGAGGAGGAGGAAGAGGAGGGGGAGCUUUUCGGAGACAUGGACCCCAAAACAUUAGCGGCUGUUCUGCUGGAGGCAAUGAAUAAGCCGCACGGGGAGAGGAUGAACGGAGGCGUGGAGGAUGGGAGGAAGGAUGAGGAGAGAGGAGAGGAGGAGGAGAGGGAAAGUCAAGAGGAGAAGGGAGAGGAGGUGAGAGCUGCGUUGGAGGAGGGAGCGGACCGAGACAGGGACGGUCGAGAGGAACUCGAGUUGGUGAUGGCCGCCGCUGCAGAGCAGGGCACGGAGGAGCGACAGAGGGAGGAGGAGGAAGAGAGGAAGAGAGCACAGGAGGAGGAAGAAAGACUAACAGAGAAGGUGACUAGCCGUACCACCAGCCAGACUGUUCCUGUGAAGGAGAAACAACCUCCGACGGUAGAAGGAAGAGGGGAUGAGGUGGGAGUACAGGAGGUAGGGGCCAGAGAGGAGGCGCAGAAGGGACCUCCCAUCUCCCAGGAGCUCCAACAAGAGGAGCAGGAGCAGCUAAGCCCAGAGGAGGUGCAGAACCUCCAAACCAUGUUGGAGGAACUACAGAACUACAACACAGCCAACAAGAGAGAGAGGGAGUCCCAGGCCCAGGAGCAGAGAGAGAGGGAGAGCAGGGGCUACAACCAACAUGACACAGACCAAGCCCUGAUGGACAACCAGAUAAAACCUAAAGCGAAAGGAGGAUAUCCACUAGCCAUGUCCAAGAAGAAGCUCAAAUGGCAGGAGGAGACUCAGAAAGCCCUGAACAUGCCCACCUAUAGAGGUGGCAACUUCAUGGACCACUUUGACGACAAUCUGGCUCACCAAACGUCUGAGGAUGAGGAGGAUGAUGAGGGAGAUGAAGAUGAGGAGGAGGUGUUGAGCCCCCAGGAAGAGGAGAGGAGGGCAAAGGAGGAGCAGGAGGAGGUCAGGAGGCAGGCGAAGGAGGCGCAGAGGGCCAAAGCUGAGGAGGAGAAGUUGGCGGAUAUUGCCUCAGACAUGCUCCUGCAGUACAUGGUUAGACAGGACAAAGGGAAAUACUCCAACCAGAACAAGAAGACCCUGCUGUCCAACGCAGCCGAGGACAAGCGCUCCGAUGAGGAGGUGGUCAGCGAGGAUGACGAUAUUGAUCCUCAGACCAUCGAUAAGCUCAUCGAAAUCUCCAGUAAACUCCACCUCCCAGCAGACGACAUUGUCGACAUCAUCAGCGACGUUGAGAAGAAGAAGAAGAAAGACACUCCUGAGAUGUUACCCUGGCAACGACCCCAGCAACGACCCCUAGUUCCCCCAGCAGCCCCCGCAUUUGACACCCAGCCUUCAGCCCCACGCAAUCCCACCCUGAAUCAGCCUUCUCCAGCUAUCAACCCCCUCAAGGCCUGGUUCAUGGACAUAUCCUCCUCAAAACAAGACCCAAACGUCUGGAUCAAACCGCGACACAAGUCCUUUCGGACCUCCUCCUCCAACUACCCUGCCUAUCCCUUCUACCAACAGAGGCCUUACCGAGGGUACUACCCCCUCUACUUCCCUCCUCCCAAGCCCAAACCUCGCUACUAUGCCAAAUCCUCCCUCAAUGACCUCCUGUCGAAUUCUCUGGACUACGACUUUGACUUCCCUCCCAAGAGGAGGUACCGUCCCUGGGUACAACCCCGCCCGAGGAAUCCCCCUGUGGCUCUCCGGCAGAAGCUCUACUACCCCAAAUACCUCCUCCCCUCACACCCCCGGACAUACAACCACCUCCCCAUCCCCAUGGCCAAACCCCGGUCGUCGCCUCCCAGGGGUCAGGUUCAGCCUCGACGUCGGCAUGGUUACUAUUACCAAGCGCCCCCAGCGCCUCUAGUGACCAGGGACCAAGAUUAUUAUGGGAUGCAGGGGUUGGGGCAGCAGCAGCAAGACAGUGACGAAGACCUGGAGAACUACAUUCAACAGGUCUUUAUGAAACCCAGACCCAGAAUGUAUCAGUGAAAGGAGAGGAGAGGAGAGAAAGAGGGAGUGCGAGAGAGAGAGAGACAGAGAGAGAGAGAGAGAGACAGAGA